AUGCAGACCUAUGCAGACCUUCAUCAUCUCCAAGAUCUGCAGAUUUUAACGGUAGAAAAAUGCUCAGUUAAUCUCAUUAACAAAGCAGCUGAAGCCGGAUUUAUUUUUAAAAAAAAAAUUGAAUGGUUUACCAAUUUGAAAAAAAAAGCAAAAAAUGCGAAUGAGGACAGUCUUGAAUUAUUUCAAACGAUUUAUUUAGAAUUUGAAACAGUAAAACAUUGUAGUGAUGAAGAAAUUAAAAGUAACGAACUUGAAAAUAUUAAAAAAAAAAUCAAACAACUAGAAGAAAAUUCAAAUGAAAUUGAUAAAAAUUACGAGGAUAUUGAUAACAAGAAUAUCGAGAGAUUGACAAAUGAAGUCUCGAGAUUAAAAUUGGAAAAUGAAGAAAAGAAUAAAUCGAUCGAAAAAUUAACAGCUGAAGUUGAACAAUUAACUAAUGAUGCUGAAUUAUUAAGACAGAAUUAUAAUUUGGUGGAAGCUAAAUGUUCUCAAAACGCAACAUCAAUGCAUGAUUUGCAAUUCAAAUUAGAUAAUGAGAAAAGAAAAUAUACUUUUCUCGUAAAAAAACAUGAGCAAGAAAUACAUCAAAGAGACCAAAGAGAAUCUGACUUUCAAGAACAAAUAAACCUUUUAAAAAGAAAGAUCGAGAAGUUAGAAAAAGAUUUAGGUAUCCCUACAAGGGAAUACGAAGCAGUCACUAAUGAGAGGUUAUAUCUUGCGAAUCAGGCCAGUGAAGUCACUAAUGUGAAGCAUUCGAGUCCAAUUUUAAUUAGUGAUAAUGAGGAUCAAUAUGAUGAAUGA